AUGAAAAUUAAGCUUUUAUUUAUUUUGAUGGGGAUGGUUAUAAUGUAUAUGAUAUUAUCUCAGAAUAAGUUGUUGGCAAAGGAUAAAUUACUCAGGAUGUAAAAUAUUUCUAUCAAAUAUACCCAUAGUAUUAUUUAUCAUUAUUAGUAGAACCUUAUGUUUCCUUGAUCCAGAAGAUGUGAAAGUUAAAUUGCUUGAUCUUAAGACUCUUUAACUUUGUAAAAUAUUUGUUUUUGCGCUAAAAUAUUGCUACAUAAAAAAGUGAUAAGUAAGCAAAAAAAGCAUUAGCCUAAAGUAAGUAAUUAAUAUAUUAAUAGAAUUUCUCAUGAUGGUAUUAGAAAGAAAGUAAAAAUAAUAGUAAUAAUGUUCGAUAUCUCAUUUCCCAAGAUUAAGAAAACCACUAUUCGAAAAUAGUGUCUGCCACUUUGCUAUUAGAAUCCUCCUCUCUAAACUACAGGGAUGAAAUUUAAUUUGAUCUCAACCCUGUUUUUGAAUAUCACUAUCCAAUAUAACUAAUAAUGAAGAAUUGUAUAAUUGGGAGGUUGACGAAGAAACGUUAGUUAUUUAUGGAUAAGACUUUGAAGUUGGAUAGAUAGAAAUCUUAUUAAUUAAACCACAUCUAAUCUAAAAUGCAUUCUAAAUUAUUCAUUUUAAGAUAAACAUACCUUUCACAUUAAUAAACGUUACUAACUGGAUACAUCAACAUUUAAUUGCUUUAUGGGUCAAUAAUAAUGAUGGUCUUUCGAAGCCAACCAUUUUUACAAUUGAUAUAAGAUCUUAUUAUAAUGGUAAAGAAUGGCUACCUGAACCAGAAUGUAUUCCAACUAAAGUAAAUUUCUCAAUUAUGCAUUUCUUAGGUGA